CCUAGUUUCUGCUUCUGAUCUCGCUCGCCACGACUCCGCGUGGACGCCAUCAUAACCUUUCUUUUCUAUACUCGCCGUUGUAGAGAACACACUUGCACCAUGAACACGAAGCCGAAAACGAAGCGCAACCCGAUCCAAUCGGUCCAGGUCUUCGGCCGCAAGAAAACCGCCACUGCAGUAGCAUACUGCAAAAAGGGCAAUGGACUCAUGAAGGUGAACGGUCGCCCUUUGGAGCUCGUUGAGCCCCGCAUGCUGCAAUACAAAUUGCAAGAGCCCAUCCUCCUGCUCGGCAAGGAAAGGUUCGCCAAUCUCGACAUUCGUGUUCGAGUUAACGGUGGUGGUCACAUUGCUCAAAUCUAUGCCAUCAGACAAGCAAUUGCCAAGGCUGUAGUUGCCUUCUAUCAGAAAUUUGUUGAUGAGGCAAGCAAGAAGGAAAUCAAAGAUAUCCUUAUUCAGUACGAUAGGACUCUCUUGGUUGCUGAUCCUAGAAGGUGUGAACCUAAGAAGUUUGGUGGUCCCGGUGCUCGUGCCCGUUACCAAAAAUCUUACCGUUAAUUUAUUUUUGGUUACAUUCAAAUAAAAAUGAGUAAAAAAUAAAA